AUGGCCGUGACCAGGAAACAAACGCUCCGGUCUAAAAACGUUCCAGAUCCAAAUGAGCCUCCCCAGUCUUUAUCAGAGUCCUCCAACGCUAUUGUUAAGACCCGUAAACGGUCACUAUCCCCUGAUUCUUUUCAUAAUCAGUCAAAUACUACUACUACUACUAUUACUGUAGAUACCCAAAAACGUAAACGAACGAGCAAAAAACAAGAAAAUACUAAAAAUGAUAUACAAUCAAAUACCACCCCAGAAAACCCCCAGACACGCAAGUAUUGGCUCAUGAAAGCAGAACCAGCAACGCGUCUAGUAAAUGGACACGAUGUCAAGUUUAGCAUUGAUGAUCUUGCGUCUUGCUUAGAAUCAGAUUGGGAUGGGGUCCGUAACCACGAAGCCAAAAAUAACAUGAUGGCAAUGCGGAACGGUGAUUUAGCAUUAUUCUAUCAUUCAAAUGCCCCUAAAACCCGCCCAGAUUUGGGGCCUGGAAUUGCAGGUGUGAUGGAGAUUGUGAACGAUGAACCUGUGGUGGAUUACACGGCGUUUGAUAAAACACAUCCGUACUACGAUCCAAAAUCCCAAAAAGAAACACCAAAAUGGUUCAUGGCCCGUGUCCGGUUUGUACGCAAAAUGAAACAUGUUAUCCCGCUGCAUGAAAUUAAACGGUUGGUUAACCAAGAACAGGUAAAGCAAUUGCAAAACUUUGCGUUGGUCAAAAGAUCACGCCUAAGUGUGGUUCCUGUCACAAAGCCCGAAUGGGAUUAUAUUAUGAGUAUAGAAGAAAAACAACAAGAUUGA